AUGGCAGCUUUGUUGUCGCAAAGCCGCGCUGGCUCAUGCUGGAGAUUUCGUGCAGGCUUGCUUUGGACACUCUCAGGACGGAACUGCCAUUCAUUAUCAAACAAGACGCGAUACAGCGAUGAUGCCAAAAAUGUGCUAUCGAGAAUUUGCAACUAUAAAAAGCUGCUUAAUUCAAGAUCACAGCGGUCACUCACAAGCCAGUCACACAAACUCAUUCAGAAUAUUCUCUACAGACCCUUGAGUCCUGGAAUGGUGGGAAUAAGCAAAGAAUUAAUCAAGAGCAACCUGUUGAAAAACCCUGUUGGUUUGGUGAAUCUGUUAGGGACCACAAACUUCUUUAGUACAACCCAAUCCAAACAAGAGAAAAAUAAAAGUAACGGAUCAAAGGGAAAAACUCCAGAGGAAGAUGAGGAAGAGAAGAAACGACGUGAGCAGGAGGACCAAAUGUACCGGGAGCGCCUGCGGACCCUGAUCAUCAUAGCACUCAUCAUGAGCCUGCUAAACUCGAUUAACACCAGCGGUGGAAACAUCUCUUGGAAUGACUUUGUCAAUGAGAUGCUGGCCAAGGGAGAGGUGUCCCGUGUGCAAGUGGUCCCUGAGAGCGACAUUGUAGAUAUAUAUCUGCACCCCGGAGCAGUUAUCUUUGGAAGGCCUAGGCUGGCCCUUAUGUACAGAAUGCAGGUUGCCAACAUUGACAAAUUUGAAGAGAAGCUGAGAGCAGCAGAGGAGGAGCUGAAUAUUGAUAUAAAGGACAGGAUACCGGUGUCCUACAAACGCACUGGUUUCUUUGGGAAUGCAGUCUAUGCACUGGGAAUGGCUGCCAUUGGUGUGGCUAUUCUCUGGUAUAUCUUCCGUCUAGCAGGCAUGGGUGGCAGAGAGGGCGGCUUCAGUGCUUUUAAUCAGCUGAAGAUGGCCAAGUUCACCAUUGUGGAUGGCAAGUCAGGGAAAGGUGUGAGUUUCAAAGAUGUAGCUGGCAUGCAUGAGGCCAAGAUGGAAGUGAAGGAGUUUGUUGACUACCUCAAGAACCCCGACAGGUACCUCCAGCUUGGGGCCAAAGUUCCCAAGGGCUCAUUGCUGCUGGGCCCCCCAGGUUGCGGGAAGACCCUGUUGGCCAAGGCUGUGGCCACAGAGGCUCAGGUGCCGUUCCUGGCCAUGGCUGGUUCUGAGUUUGUAGAGGUCAUUGGAGGCCUUGGAGCUGCCAGGGUGAGGAGCCUGUUCAAAGAGGCUCGUGCCCGUGCACCCUGCAUUGUCUACAUAGAUGAGAUUGAUGCCGUGGGGAAGAAGCGAUCCACCAACAUGUCAGGCUUCUCCAACACUGAGGAAGAGCAGACACUCAACCAGCUGCUUGUAGAGAUGGAUGGAAUGGGGACGACAGACCACGUGAUCGUCCUUGCCUCCACAAACAGAGCAGACAUCUUGGACAAUGCUCUGAUGAGACCAGGCAGACUGGACAGACACAUCUUCAUAGAUCUGCCCACUCUGCAGGAGAGGAAGGAGAUCUUUGAGCAGCAUCUUAAGAUCUUGAAACUGACCCAACCUGCUAAUUUCUACUCCCUACGUCUGGCUGAACUUACUCCGGGGUUCAGUGGUGCAGACAUUGCCAACAUUUGUAACGAAGCAGCCCUGCAUGCUGCCAGAGAGGGGUACAAGUCCAUUGAUACUUUCAACUUCGAGUAUGCAGUGGAGAGAGUGAUAGCAGGAAGUGCAAAGAAGAGUAAGAUCCUGUCAAAAGAAGAACAGAGAGUGGUUGCCUUCCAUGAAUCUGGACAUGCCUUAGUGGGGUGGCUGCUCGAGCACACGGAAGCAGUCAUGAAGGUCUCCAUUGCUCCGCGGACUAAUGCUGCCCUGGGAUUUGCCCAGAUCCUGCCUCGUGACCAGUACCUCUUCACCAAGGAGCAGCUGUUUGAGCGGAUGUGCAUGGCUCUGGGAGGACGAGCUGCUGAGGCUAUCACCUUCAACAAGGUCACGACAGGUGCUCAGGAUGACUUGCGCAAGGUGACACGAGUGGCCUACUCUAUGGUGAAGCAGUAUGGCAUGUGUGACAGUGUGGGUCAGGUCUCAUUCCCGGACACUGAGGCGCAAGGUGCAAUUGGACGCCGACCUUUCAGCCAGGGACUGCAGCAGCAAAUGGAUCAUGAAGCCAAGAUGUUGAUAGCCCGCGCCUACAGGCAAACAGAGAAGCUGCUGCUGGAUAACAGAGACAAGCUGACAGUGUUGGCCAAUGCGCUGUUAGAGCGUGAGGUGGUGAACUACGAUGACAUCGAAGCUUUGCUGGGUCCUCCACCCCAUGGACCCAAGAAGAUGAUUGCCCCGCAGAGCUGGGUAGAGGCUGAGAGGGACAAACAAGACACAGGAGAUGAGGAGGCUCCACCACCUCCCCGCAAGGAACGAGAAGAGGACAUUAAUCCACAACUAGUUUGAUCUUAAAAUGGCUCUGUCAGGAAGAGCUUUUCUUUUCACUUUGGGAAUGUACAAAACCUGUCUUUGGUUACAUUCUAAAAAGCUCUGUAUACCUGGAGGUAAAACAAUGGAGUCACAUAGUUUUUCUAAGUUUCAUAAAACACUGCAGUCAUUGUGGUGUUUCAUCCACAAUUGCUUUCCAGUUGGCCCUUUUAUUUAUGAUAUGGUAAACUCAAAUUAAACUAAACUGAGGAGGACUUAAAUAAGAUGGCACAAAUAAGCCACCAUUUCUUUCAAGAAAAAGCAACUUGUAAGAAUCAACAUUUAGAUGAUUUGCAUAUGUACCCCUUAUAUUGUCAACCCCUAUCUCACCCAUCACUGACUUCAAAUGCUGAUUCCAAAGAUAUAUUUUUUGCCAUUUCUGAGAUUACAUGUAUACGUUCAUCAUAUUUGCAUUUAUCCAGGUGACUCACAUCUACACAUUCUCACACUAAGAUUAAGGUCUUGAAUGUUGUGUUUAGGAUUUAGGUGAGCUCUAAGACACUGAUGAGAGUACAUCAGUAUGGGCUGUAUUCUUAAAUCAAUAUAGAGGAAACAUGAUGGUUUAUAAUAGAAUGUUGAAGUCCAGAUCCAAUAGUUUUUACAACUUUUUUCUUUUUCCAGAAGACUGCUCACACUCAGUAAGUAAAGAGAAUAAUAAAACGGGUUCAGCAGUUAAAAAAAAAAUGUUAUAGAUAGAUUCAGCUUUAAUUUAAUUCAGAGUUGUGGACUGGACAGUUGUAAUUGAGUAUGAGGACAGGCUUGCUGUUUUUUUUCUCCUCUUGCUUGCUGAGGUUUCAGGCAGACUGGCAUUCAAGUGUUAUCGAUAAAGGUUACCAGAGGUUAUUCAUGGUGCGGCUAAAGUAUCAUAGCUGCUGUCAUGCAUACUGAAAAUUUAGAGGCAAAACCUUCAUUAAAUGCUUCCAAUGGUCCUCUUCUCACCUCGAGAUUGAGUGAAUAGUUGAGAUAGCGUGAGCUUACAUUUUCACAAACUGGGGAAUGUACAUUUCUGUAUAUUAGGGGCCAAGUAUUGGUUUGAUUGAGAUGGGUGAAUGAAGUCCCUAAUGAUUUACAGUGCUGAGAAUAAUUUAAAUAAAGUUUAUUUAAACAUU